CAGAGAUCAGUCCGGCUCUUCAACCUCCCUUCCGGUGUAAGACGUGGUGAUAUCACUGCAGUUAUUCGCGGUGGUCCCCUUCUAGAGGUCUAUCUUCGCCCAAAGGAGCACACUGCCACCGUGUCGUUUGUGUACGGAGAUGAUGCUGCUGCCUUUCUCGAACGUGCCCGGGAGCAUGGCUUGCGCAUCCUUAACACCCCAAUCCCCGUGCAAUGGAACGAGCAGCAAUUCAUUCUUGCGCCUCAUGUCUGCCACCAGAUCAGCCGAGGUGCAACUCGCAACUUUGUCAUCCGCAACCGGAAUCCCAACCUCACUGAGGAGAGCAUUCGGGGAGAUCUUGCGCAUAUUCACAAUCUCCAUGUCCUCAAGGUUGAGUUUUUCAGAGAUGCGUGCUAUAUCAGCACCAACUCGGUCCACAACGCCAUCUUUGCACGAAACUGCAUGAUGAGCCGACUUGAAUACAAGGGUUCCCGCAUUGAAUGGGCAGCGGAUGAAUGCGCUCAACCCCCAAGGAACUUGCCAACACAAACCCAGGGAUCUAGGCCCGUCAUGGUGUCGAAGCGCAACUUUUCGAGCGGCUCCGUGUCCUCGAACAAGGCCACCAAUCGGUUCCAGGUGCUGGAUAUGACUGACGACGACGACGACGACGACGACGAGGAUGAAGAUGAUAGCGAGGAUGACUCGGAUGACGAGGAGUAUUACUGA